UCAUACUUAUCAUUCACUUUUUGCUUUUUGCUCGGUCGUAGUAUCGGCCAGCAGCUAAAUUUUGGAAAGAUCUUACGGAUUGGGAUUAGCUACCGAUAGUACAAAGCCAACGUGACAAUAACUUCAAAAUGUGUCUUGAAUAGUGCGUGCAUUUACCUUUUCAUUCAUCGUUCAUCCGGGCUCUCUUCCUUCUCCCUUGCACUCGCGUCUCUAACUGGCUGCCAACGUGACCCCGAAAGCUGUCCUUCUCGCGCACACUUUCACUUUGCACCAGAAGCACCAAAAACAACGAACAAAUAACCUAGCAUAAACCAUUAUUGUGCAAUACUGAUUAGCGAGACUUUAAGUCGGUCAUAAUGUCGGCGCAGGAAAAGGUUAUUCGCGUUGGAUCGCGAAAGAGCGAGCUGGCUCUGAUUCAGACCAAACAUGUCAUCGGCCGACUGCAGAAGCUAUAUCCCAAGCAGAAAUUCGAGAUCCACACCAUGUCCACUUUUGGCGAUCGUGUGCUGAACGUUUCCCUGCCCAAGAUUGGCGAGAAGAGCCUGUUUACCCGCGACCUCGAGGAUGCGCUGCGCAACGGAGGCGUAGACUUUGUGGUGCACUCUCUCAAGGAUCUGCCCACGGCACUGCCUACUGGAAUGGCCAUCGGAGCCGUUCUGGAGCGAGAAGAUGCUCGGGAUGCACUGGUGCUGCGGGAGAAUUUCAAGGGGCACACGAUAGCCUCGCUUCCCAAGGGCAGUGUGAUAGGAACCUCCUCUCUCCGUCGCACGGCUCAGAUCCGCCGUAUGUAUCCCCACUUGACCGUGUGCGAUAUUCGCGGCAAUCUAAACACCCGAUUGGCCAAACUGGAUGCCGCUGACUCCAAGUUCUCCGGCAUCAUUCUCGCCCAGGCAGGCCUGGUGCGAAUGGGCUGGAUGAGCCGCAUCAGCCAGGUGCUGGAGCCCACCGACUUGCUCUAUGCCGUCGGCCAAGGCGCUCUGGCGGUGGAGUGCCGCGCCAAUGACGACCAGGUGCUGGCCAUGCUGCAGAAACUAAUGUGCCUCAAUACAACGUGCCGCAUCCUGGCCGAAAGGAGCUUCCUGAAGACCCUCGGCGGUGGUUGCUCUGCCCCCGUGGCAGUUGAGAGUAAACUAAAGGGUGAACCCCUGAAUGGAAACAGCCAGGAGGUGGGACUCUCGCUGACCGGCGCUGUUUGGAGUCUGGAUGGCGCCAUUGAGAUACGGAAUCACCUGGCUUGUGCCUUAAAUGAGCAGAAAACGGUGGUGGAUCAGGUGGAGCAGCGGAAGCGAGGAGCCCAGCAAGCGCAGGAGGAUAACAACAACAGCAGCAGCUGCGAUUCGCCGCCAGCUACAAAGCGUGCCCGCAAUGGCAACGACAGCUCCUCGGGAUCGGAUUCGAACUCAAACUCAAGCAGUCCGCGCCAGCGGGGCAGCCCGCCGGUGAUCUGCGAGGAUGUGGCCGCCUGCGAGGCUCUCUCCGGCUACAGUGUGGCGCAGCUCUCGGAACUGGCCAGUCAGUGCCCGGUGCUGGGCAAUCCAAGUGCUACGGGAAUCGGUGGUGGCGAUGCGGAUACAACAAACAGCAAUGCCAAUGCAACAACCACUCCACGGCAAUGCCCGCUGCGUUUGGUGGCCGGCCAGGAAGUGAUGGGUCAGUGUCCAGUGGCGCACAAGGCACCCGCAGAAUCCGGUGACUCCUGCAGCGCAAAUAAUGAUAAUGUAGCUGCCCACUGCCCGCUACAGAUGCCCGUGGGCCAGGACUUUAUGGGCGAGUGUCCGUAUGUCAACAAGGAGAUCAAGGUGUCUUAUGCCCAGGCGGGCAAGUGUCCAGUGACGGGAGGAGUAGCAGGAGCAGCACCUCCACCUGCCUCCAUUCUGCCCACGCCACCGAGCAGCCGGGCCAGCAAUGCCAGCAGCGUAGGCGAUGAACUGGACAACGUGGCCACCUCCUCCAAGUGCCCAUUUGCGGCGAUGCAUCAGGGCAGCGGUCUAGAGGCGCCGGCAACCAAGGAUAAUGGAAACACUACUACCCAGGCCAAGUGCCCGUUCCUACAGAAGACGGUGCAGAUGUUCGACUAUGCCGACGAGGAGCAGCCAACGCCGCAGCAAUCGGUGCUCAUCGAGGAUGUGGAGAACCUGUUCUGCGGCCUCUUUCAGCACGCCUGCCACAGUCGGGGGAUCUACGAGCGGGCCAACCAGUUGGGCAAGACGCUGGCCGAGGACCUCAUCAAGCGGGGAGCCCUCGAGGUGAUGAAGGUGGCCCAGGCGGAGAUUCACGGCAAGGUGGCCACGUCUUGAAGCCAACUUCUCCCACCUUCCAUUACCACAUCAUCGUUUACAUUAAGUAGAAAAGUGUAACUAGACAAUAUUGUUUUCAUUUCACCCACGUUGUUGAACUCCUGCG